AUGAAGAUCUCAAUCAUUCUCUCCACUGUUCUCGCUCUCACCACCUACACCUCCGCAACCGAUUGCUACGGCAAAAAGGCAUGUAAAGUUGGUGGCUGCCAACUUUCUGAUGUUCUAAAUGCGAUACCUCCUAGGAACUUCAGAAAGAACGAGCAAAUUGCCUGUUGUAAGCGCGCAAACGGGGGCAACCGCCUAUGUGCAUGGGCGACGCAUGAGAAUGGAUAUAUGAACUGGCUGGUUGCCAGACACCAGGUUCAGGAGUUAAUGACAUAUGGAUGCCGAAGAUGUGGGCAUCACGACGGUAUCAGAGUCGAUGUUCGCUGA